UCGGAGAUGGACAAUUGAUACAAGAUGCCAUAAUCACAUGAAACGUAACGUACAUUCAUUUUUAUUUCGUAUGUAAACAGUACCUGUCGUCGUUGAUAUGCACGUGCUGUCAUGGAAGAGACCGAGAAAAGAGGGACACAUCAGAAAACUGAGUGUAUAGAUUGGGGUGGACAUGUUUGUGGACAAACGCCGAUAACAGCCAACAACGAAACAUGGAUGGAUAUAUUAGUAAAGAAUGCCCAUGACGGACUACCUCAGCCGUCUCCAGACUGUGACAGAUGCUCAUUGAUAUCAGGAGAGUGUCUCUAUUAUCAUUAUGGUUGUGAUGGCAAGGAUGACAGAGGUUGGGGUUGUGGAUACAGGACUAUUCAGACCAUGUCUUCAUGGCUGUGUCUUAAUCAACCUCACAUUGUGAGCCGCAGACCCCCACCUAGUCUUUCUGAAAUACAACAAACUUUGGUGGAAAUAGGGGACAAACCAGAUUCAUUCCUGGGUUCCAGGGAGUGGAUAGGGACAUUUGAAGCAAGUCUUGUUCUUGACCAGCUCUAUGAUGUUCCCUGCCGCAUAGUGCAUGUGCGGUACGGCAAGGAGCUUGAUCAAGCCGUAGAGGAUCUUCAUAAACACUUUCUUACCCGUGGGUCACCUGUUAUGAUGGGGGGAGACAGGGACAAUUCCUCUAAGGGUAUCUUAGGUGUGUGCACUGGUAAACAGGGGAGCUAUCUGCUUGUUAUGGACCCUCACUAUUUUGGCUGUCCCUUAGAUAAAAACUCUUUGCAAAGGCAAGGUUGGGUUUCAUGGAAACCAGUUGCUUCUAUGGAUCAGUGUUCUUUCUACAAUCUUUGCCUGCCUCUUAGUGCUAAGAAGUGACUGUUUCUUGUUCAUUUUUAUAAAUUAAAAUAAAAUUCCCAUUGUCUAUUCAUUGUAUCCUGUAUGUGAGGAUUUUUACAGCAUGCAGAGAUACAGAUGUAACAGUCAUACUUCUUUGACUGACUACAUUUACAGAAUUUGUAAUUUGUUUUUCUGUUUCACCUCAUCCCAUGAAUAAAAUAACUAAAUAUAAA